CGGCGGCAAGCCCGGAGACGGGGACAGAGGCAAGGGCGAGAGCGGCAGCUUGAGGCGGAGGGCGAAGGGGGCGGCGGCCACUCCGGCCGUCACUCCCCACGACUACAUGCUGUUCCUCUACAAGACGCUGUCUGUCAUCCAGCGCGGAGGCUUGAACGGCAGCGCCCCGCAGCCCGCCGCUCUCGCCAACACUGUCACCAGCUUCGUGGACAGGGGGCAAGAUGAUCGUCACCCCUUUGUGAGGAGGCAGAAGUAUAUCUUCAACAUCAGUGCGAUGGUGAAGGAAGGGUUGCUGGGUGCGGAGCUGAGGAUUCUCCGAACACGACCUGUGGACGGGAGGAGAGGGCGGACUCCAGGGAACAUGUGCACUCUCCGAUUGUCCAAGUGCCCCGCCGACAGGCAGAAGCCGAUCGUCGUCGACUCUCGCUCCAUUGACCCAUUGGACACGUCAAAGUGGGAGGUCUUCAACCUCUGGAAGCUUUUCAGGACAUCGAGGAAGGAGCAGCCUUCGAUGCAACUCUGCUUCGAGCUGGAAGCCUUGGACAGAGGCAGGACGGUGGAUCUGAGGAGCUUGGGAUUUGGAAGAGCUGGGCGUCAGACCAAAGAGAAGGCUCUCCUACUCAUGUCCGGUAGGACCAAAAAAAGGGACCUGUUCUUCAAUGAGGUCAAAGCCAGGUCCGGGCACGACGACAAGUCAGUUUACGAGUUCCUGUUCAGCCAGAGGAGAAAGAGAAGAGCACCUCAUGCAUCCCGCCAGACAAAGGGCAAGAAAGCCAAGCCCCGUUGCACGCGGAGACCCCUCCACGUCAACUUCAAGGAGAUGGGGUGGGACGAUUGGAUCAUCGCGCCGUUGGACUACGAAGCUUAUCACUGCGAGGGGGUUUGCGACUUCCCCCUCCGCUCCCACUUGGAACCCACAAACCACGCCAUCAUCCAGACCCUCAUGAACUCCAUGGACCCUGAAUCCACCCCGCCCAGUUGCUGCGUGCCAACAAAACUCAGCCCCAUUAGCAUUUUGUACAUAGACUCUGCCAAUAACGUGGUCUAUAAACAGUACGAGGACAUGGUGGUAGAGUCCUGUGGUUGCAGGUAGCAUUGGUCUGAGGCACCAGGCAACCACGUAAUAAGGAGCACACUGGGACUUCUACCUGAGUGAGUCUUGCAGGUAUUGGUUGGUCUCCUGGUAAUGCUAUUUGUCAUUGGACACCGCAAGCUAUUGGAAGUGAGUUGGAGAUGAAAGAUCCAUGGCGAUAAAACUGCCACUGAGGCUAAAGGUUCCUCAGUGCAGCUCCAGAUCAACAGUGGCCCCAAUGCAAUUCUCUCUGCACCACCCGCCCCAUUCCUGGGGGUAACUGGUGCCAUCUGUCCUAAGACUCAAACAGUAUGCUCCCUCCAGUGCAAUACUGCCACCACUCACUGCCUGCUGAACCCAGAUAGACAGGGAGAGUUCUGGUGGGUUAGACCAUGCUGGAAGGAGUGAGGUUGAGAUGGGAGGGGUUUCCGCUGGGGAUGCAAGGGGUAGGUGAAUCUGAGGGCCUACUCCAAGAAGGUUCCUUCAUUAACCUCCGUGACUACAGCCAAUGAAUCAUCUCGGAAGCAAACCCCAGUACAACACUGAUCUUGUAGAGGUGUAUAUAAUCAUCAGUGGAAUAAAUCAGGUAGACGCACAAAGUCUCUUACCCAGAGUAGGGAAAUCGAGAUCCAGAGGACAGAGGUUUAAGGUGAGAGUG